AUGGGUCCUAUGCAAUCUUUCAUAAACCCCCUAGCUCCAGCGCAACUCCAAGUACGCUCUCUUUCUACGACUUUAGACCCUGCACUACCACGUAAUGUCGGACAAAAGAGACCCAGGCUGGAGCUUGAUAGACCUAACGCUACACCUGCACUGCAAGGGUCCUAUGUCUCGGAACCACUGCAAUUCACCUGGCAGGCAAACAACACGACGCAUCAUACAGCCUAUAACCAGCCCAACGUUCUGCCGACAUCCGCCACCACGAAUCCAGUCAUCAUGGGGUGGCCUGGAGAUACCUUCGCGUCGUCAAUCACUCCGGCGAACGUCUUCGAAACCCUCCUCUGGCCGCCCAACUCACCUUCGUCCAAACGCCAAAAUAUACCCGUGACUUUACCGUCUUCUCCUAAUUCUGCAUCAUCGUCUCGUCCUACAUCCUCUCAUUCCCUACCAUCCAAUUUCAUGUCCACAUCAAUUCCACCCGAGAACGUUUCCUCAUCCUACCAACCUCUUACGCAUCAAGGGCAGCAACAACGGCCCGCAUGUUCCCGGACCCAUUUCUCGCAUGUCAAAUCUCACAGCUCGCUAGGCGCACUUUCUUCCCUCCUAGGACCAGAGAAACCGCCGAAGCGAGCUCGACAUCUCCCCGAAGGACCCGAUAGCGAUCCGUCGAAACCUGGCCUUGCUCUCAAUCAAGGUAUUCGGACCGUGAGCGGUGUACCGGACCUAUCUUUAUCUUCUGAUACCCUCAAACUUAAUUUGACCCCUCUGAGUUCUCUAUUUUAUGACGACGGAGCGAGAGCGCCUGCACGCGUCGACCCUCCACACUCUUCUUCGAUCCAGGCCGGUGCAAAUGCACUUUUUGCACUACUGGAGGAGCGUCUGUAUGCGGGUGCAAAAGCGAUGGAUGCACUCUUCCAGGACAAGAUCAAGAAGAACGAGGAGGAGCUUGAAGGCAAGAAGAGAUGGAUAAUGGACGAGACGAGGACAAUUGGCGAAGAACGAAAGAAGCUGGAAGAAGAGAGGAGACGAACUGAAGAAAUCUCCAGGACCUCCGGCGAGCUGCCACAUGAUGUUGGCGAGGGACGCCAGGCGAUCGAGGAAGAAAGAAAGGUUUUAGAGGAGAGGAGAAUGGUGCUUGACGAGGAGAAGAGAAUCUUGGAUGAAGCUCACGCGAAGUUGGAAGAGUACUUCAAGCUGACGCAGGAAGACAGGCAGAAAGUUGCAGAAGAACGCCGAUCAUUAGAAGAAGAGAAGAAUACGCUAACGGAAGGCCGGCGGCUUCUAGAAACAGACAGGAACACGUUUAAUCAAGAGCGACAACAACUAGAGCAGCAACGGCAGGAAAUAGAACGUGAACGGACCGUCAUAGAUAACGAACGCAAAGUAGUUCAGGCCAUCCGGCUCGCAGUCGAGGAAGAACAGAGGCUCCGAGAUGAAAGCAAGAAAGGACUUCAAGAUGAGCGCGACAAGCUCCUCUCCGACUGGGCGAGCCUCGACUCGCAGAAGGUCGCUCUCCUCGAAGGGAAAGCCGAAAUCGCACAACGCAUGGAAGCAGCCGAGGAGGAGUGGAAGAUCGUCGAAGUGGCCAGGCAUCAGACAGAAGAAGAGAAACGUCGUCUCGAAGAGGAGCGGGAGCGAAUUGAGGAGGAAAGGAUGAGCCUUCAGGAAGAGAGGAGGCAGGCGGACGAGGUGCGCAGUGCUUUGCGGGAGGAACGCGCAGCGCUCGACCGGAGCAAGAUGAUCGUUGAGGAUACGAGGAGGGUGUUGGAGGAGAAGAGGAAGGCUGUGGACGAGGGGUGGGUGAAGUUGGAGAAGAAGCUAGAGCAGGACCGGGUUGCGCUGAGCUCGGAUAGCAGACGGACGACGGGCGAGACUGGGGCGGGUCCGAGGAAUCCUCGAGCGCCUCCUAUUGGCCUGGGUAGCGUUGGUCCUAUGCGUGAUACGCCAUACUACCCUCGAGGUCGAUAUCAUGCAAGAGGAGGUUCGACGCCUCAUUCCACCCCAGGCCGCGGGACGUUCGAAAGUCGGAGUGUUCGACGAUAG